GAGAGUUUAGGACCUUGGGUUGGUGGGGUCGGAAGGAGCUGGGGUCUCCUUGCUCCGGGACAGCUGGGUCUGCGGGGGUGCUGGGCGCCUCGUGUGUGGCCCCCGGAACAGAUUUCUGAUCCCUACCCUGGCUGUGACCACUGAUGGAGCAAGAGCAAAAACUGUUGGUCUCAGAUUCUAGUGGCUUCAAGGAGAGGGAGAGUUUGAAAAGCCCUUUUACAGGAGAUGAAAGUAAGAAUAAUUUGGAAACUGUUCAACACAAUAAUUCCAAGGCAGAGAAAGAGAGAGCCUCAAAAUGGUCUAAAAGAGAUGGCCCCCCAAAAUGUAAGCAUGAGGGUACAAAAGAAAUUCCAUUGACAUGGUCCCAAGGAGAUGAGAUCUGGUGUAAUGAUUCCUGUGAGAAUGAUGGCAAGUCAGAGAAUCAGGGAAAUUCUACAGGAAAAGAUGAAAAACCCAGUCACCGGAGUUGGGACCCAGGGGAGCACUGCAGUGCCUCUGUCCAGCAGAAUUCGAUCUUCAGAGACAAACCCUACAAAUGUUCUGAAUGUUGGAAAAGCUUCAAUAACAGUUCUCAUUUGCGUAUUCACCAGAGGACCCACUCAGGAGAAAAACCUUAUAAAUGUUCUGAGUGUGGGAAAUGCUUCAGUAACAGCUCUCACCUGAUUCAACAUCUGAGAACACACACAGGAGAGAAGCCCUACCAGUGUGGUGAAUGUGGGAAAAGCUUCAGCAAUACCUCCCAUCUCAUUAUCCAUGAGAGGACUCACACGGGAGAGAAACCCUAUAAAUGUCCUGAGUGUGGGAAGAGCUUUAGUAGCAGCUCCCACCUGAUUCAGCACCACAGAUCACAUACCGGUGAAAAACCAUAUGAAUGUCCUAUUUGUGGGAAAUGCUUCAGCCACAGUUACGUCCUAAUAGAACAUCAGAGGAUUCACACUGGAGAAAAACCUUAUAAGUGCCCUGACUGUGGAAAGAGUUUUAGUCAAAGUUCUAGCCUGAUUCGCCACCAGCGGACCCACACAGGUGAGAAGCCCUACAAAUGUCUUGAGUGUGGAAAAAGCUUUGGUUGUAAUUCGACCCUAAUAAAGCAUCAGAGAAUUCAUACGGGAGAGAAACCCUAUCAGUGUACAGAAUGCGGGAAGAGUUUCAGUCGAAGUUCAAACCUAAUUACGCACCGGAAAACCCACACAGGAGAAAAGCCCUAUGAAAGUUCCGAAUAUGAGGAAAGCUUGAGUCAGAACUGCAGUGUGAUAGAAGAAUGCAGACUCCAGCCAGGGGAGAAACCAUACAAAUGUGAAUGCGGAAAGCGUUUUGGUCUCAGCUCCCAUCUCAUUAGACAUCAGAGAACACACACAGGAGAAAAACCUUACCGGUGUUCGGAGUGUUGGAAAACUUUCAGCCAGAGUUCCACCCUGGUGAUUCACCAAAGGACGCACACAGGAGAGAGACCUUAUAAGUGUCCUGACUGCGGCGAGUGCUUUAGUCAGAGCUUUAAUCUUAUCAGGCACCGGCGGACUCAUAUGGGAGAAAAACCUUUCAAAUGCACGGACUGUGAGAAAUGCUUCAGCAGAAGUGCCUAUCUCAAUCAGCAUCGGAAAAUUCACACAGAAAAGUCUUUUGAGUCUCCCGAAGUUGAAGAUUUUCCUCAUGGGUGGACUUGGAAAAACUGUCCGGGGGAAAUGGCCCUCAUCUCUUCUUUUUCGGUCCCAAAUCCAUCUUCUUCUUGAAUCCCAAAGCCUGUUUAUUUGUUUAUUUAUUUAUUUAUUUAUUUAUUUAUUUAAUUUAUUUAUUUUCCUUUUCUUACUGGGCCAUCACAAUGAAGGUGUUGCUACAAAGUUUUUUUGAUGUGUUUGCCAUAAUGUCUGGAAAAAGUCAACCUCCCAGGUUAGAGAAUGGGAAGGCCCCGAUCCCCAGCUCAUUACAUCUGCCCAGUGAGAGAGGCUGCCAAUGAUGGAGAAGAAAUGUUUUUUUGAUUAAGGUAAGAUUGGAAUAGCUUCAAAGGCAAACAUAAGGAGAAAUCCUGGGAAUAAGGACAUCUGAGGGCUUGAAGCUGAGCUAGCCAUUGGAUUUCCCUAUUUCCUCUUGCCUGAUUGGGUGGCAAUAAUUCAUUACUGGCCUCAGGGAUUUAUCCAGAGAAAGAUUCUUUUUGAAUAAAUAAUGUGAUUUCCUGGCUGUUUUGGUGGCUCCUAAGAAAGAAAAGACUCACUUUUUGAAAUGCAUUUUUAUUUGCUGAAAAUUAACUUUUGUAGUGUUUAGAACUAUAUUGUCUAAUACAAUAGACACUAGCCACAUGUAGCUAUUUAAGUAAAUUUAUAUUGAGAUGAAAUGAAAUUUAAAAUCUGGUUCCUUAGUUGCUUUAACCACUUGCC